CCUGGGUAAGUGAUCAGAAAAGUGCAAAACAAAAUAGCUUCACUUUUUUCGAGACUAUGGUACUGAGAUAAUCUACACGAACACGGCGGAGCGGAUGUACCCUUUUAUACUUAGUUGUCAUCUCUGUCACAAUGGGCGGAAUCAAGGACAAAAUAGCCAAGGCCUUGGGCAUGGAAUUCCUGCGCCUUGGUACACGCAAUCGCAUGCUGAAAAAACAAGCUCAAGAUUUGCUGUCAGCCACGCCGAGAGUGCCGGACAGCUCCGCCAUAGCCGGGGAUGUUGGAUUCCAAGUCUUGAAAACAACCCAUGUCAGGAUGAGCCCAAUUCGUACGAGUCUUGGCUUCUUACAAUGGGGGCAUAGUACACGCUCCGGUGAGGGCGGUUCUCUCAAAGGUGCCUUGCUUACACCGGCAACGAUGACUACAAGGAGGGGCAACACGUGGAGUAGAACGGCGUGCUGUGUAACAUUGCCGCAAACACUUGGAAGUCGCAAGAAAGGGCCAUUCGUGGCACCGCGUGAUAGCGCAUGUGCAACCUCGCACGAUGGUUCCUAUGUAGAAUCCCCCGGGCCAAGGCAGAAUCGUCAUUGCCGAGCCUGGGGUUACGCGAGAUCGCGGCUCAAUGUCGAUCUACGUACCUCCAUGUAAGCCCGCCCAGCAGGUAGGGCCGGAGUUUGCAGUCGCAGAAAUGUUGAUGGUGCUAGUGACAGGUGCCAAUGCGACGGCUCGAGGAGCGUUCUCCGGAAGUGCGGGGAAGCUAAGCCACCGCCAAUGGAUAGCGACGCGCACCUUCGAUACAUCCAAAAGUGUCUGGGUAUGCAGAACGAUAUGCGCGUAUGGAACGACUACUCCUUACGGUCGCACGCGAUG